AUGGUCGGGUGGGGGGAAGGGGUGCUGGACCAUGAGGGCCUGAGUGCGAACCACCAGAUCGAUCCUUCUCCACCUCCUUUUGACAAAGGGAUAGGUGGCAGACAUGCGGAGAUGCAUGCUUACACAACUUGUUUGAGGAACGUGUGUGCCUGGAUCACCCAAUUUAAGCCUCCAAACAUCUGUCGCACCAACUCUGUCAUCGUCGGUUAUGUCUUCCACCUGGCCCAUGGGAAGGUCACAGGUGCCAAUGAACAUCCAAAUGAUCCUCAGGACAUGCUGCACUUGUACAGACUCCAGGAGUACGCUCUAUUGGUCACCGAUAUGUAUACUUCUGGUAAUCAAAGUACCACGUUGACACUGCUGCAGCAUUACUCCAGCCUAAGAAUAACGGCACAGAGCUCGUUUCCCUGCAACGUCUGCGUGUUUAGAAGACAGUUGAUUGUCUGGGGCGCUGCAAUAAUAGAGUUUUGGGGUACGAGGUUCGAAGUUAUGCAGGUUCAGACGUGCGCCUGUGCAACGUUUAAAGUGAACAGACAUGCCAUGAGGUCAACUUGA